AUGAUCAAACGGACCGACCAUCGUGACGGACAUAAAGGAAAACACAAUGGAGAGAUGACUAGAGAAGAUUACAAGGAACGAGAAGUUUAUGUAGGAGUUGGUCUACCCCUAACAAAGUCCGAGGGAAGUGAUGGAAAGAAGCAACUUACAAAUGGGAUGCAGCGUGUUCAUCGAAUUCUAACCGAUGAGGAGCUGGCGCAAGGGAAGACGACCCGUUGGCAAGAGAUGGAGAUUCACGGAAGAAUUCGUAACAUCUCGCCGAGUAUGUUCAUGAAUUAUCAGCACAUCACGGCGCUUUUCAUGAAUGGGAAUCAACUUACAAGAAUACCAGCAGAAAUUUGUCAUCUUUCAAAUCUGACGAUGCUCGAUUUGUCACACAACAAACUUAAAUCGUUGCCGGCUGAACUUGGUGAUAUGAUUUCCCUUUGUUCACUUUAUCUAAACAACAACCAACUUCGUGUACUGCCUUUUGAGCUGGGGAAACUUUUUCGCUUGCACACAUUGGGACUUACGGGCAAUCCUCUUUCGCCAGAAAUCAACAAGAUAUACCAUGAAACGAAUGGACAACAAAAAUUGCUUCAAUUUCUUCUGGAUCACUUAGCGAUAAACACUGUCCCGCCACCAGAAAGAAACUGGGUAAUGAUUAGACACGCCGAUCCGGAUCGUCCAAUAGCCACGUUUACUGUGCUGUGCUACAAUGUUCUCUGCGAUAAAUAUGCUACGGCCACAGCGUACAGCUAUUGUCCAUCAUGGGCCCUUAACUGGGAAUAUCGUAAGAAUGCUAUCAUGAAGGAAAUUCGGAACUAUGAAGCUGACAUUGUUACUUUGCAAGAAGUCGAGACUGAGCAAUUCAAACUGUUGUUCAAUCCAGAAUUGAAAGCACUGGGAUAUGCUUCCGUAUUCUCCCCAAAAAGUCGUGCGAAAACAAUGAACGAUGAAGAAAAGAAAUAUGUUGACGGAUGUGCAAUCUUUUGGAAAUCUGACAAAUUUGAAUUGGAGCGAGAUUGGCUUAUUGAGUUUACCCAAGUGGCAAUGCGUGUCAGUGCUGAACGAGUGACGCAAGUGCCUGUUCAAAAAGCUCAAAGCUCUGAGCAUAUGCUAAAUCGAGUGAUGCCACGAGACAAUAUUGCCCUCUGUGCAGUUCUUCGUGUGAAAGACAAUGUUUACAACAAUCGUCGCCUUUCGAUGUCUCCUGGAGAAUCAGUUGUCGGAUGUCCCCUUGUUGUUUGUACUGCUCAUAUUCAUUGGGAUCCGGAAUUCUGCGACGUAAAAUUGGUACAAUCAAUUAUGCUUACGUCGGAAUUGAAUCGUCUCCUCCAAGAGGUGUCCGAAAAAUUCCGCAUGCAUGCGAACCAGAUUCCUGUAUUGAUUUGUGGAGAUCUUAACUCCCUGCCAGAUUCAGGUGUUUUCGAGUUCCUUUCAAAAGGUCACAUCUCUCGGAAUCACUCAGAUUUGAAACAAUUCAAAGAGGAUCCUAUUCUCGAAAAGUUCUCAAUUUCGGCUGACUCUACGGUUUAUGGACAUACAUUGCGACUUGAUUCAUCGGUUGAUACCUCUUCGGUGCCUUUCACGAACUACACGCUGGAUUUCAAAGGAGUGAUUGAUUACAUUUUCUCAACACCUCAAUCUUUGGCACGUCUUGGAGUACUUGGACCGUUUGAUAUGCCAUGGAUACAGCAAAACAAGAUCAUUGGCUUCCCACAUCCACAUGUUCCUUCGGAUCAUAUCCCAAUAAUGGCACAAUAUGCAAUCAUUCCCUCUUCACAUCAGCAACAACAUCCAAACAACUCAAAGGUUAAUACGGUCAAUCAUCUUGGAUUAAAUAACAACUCUGCUUCAUAUGGAUCACAUGGCUUUGGACAACUAAAUUUUGGACGA